GCCUCCCAGCAGUUUCAGGAGCUGUGUGAGAACAGGUGGUGGAAGGGAAGUCUGCAAACUGCUCACGCUGCUGGAGUGUUUUACGCUGAUGACAUGGUAUCAGAGACUGGCCCUAAAUCAGGACUCAAGUGACUAGUCCCACUGACGUCAAGGGUGAGAGUGCUCGGCACCUUGCAGGACUGGAGCUUCGGAGAGGCCUGAGUCAGCACCUUUGUAAGUUCUAAAAAAGAUCCCAAAAUUUAAAUUGGAAGGAUAAAAACACCUGCAACUCAGCUAGAUCCAUGGGGGCUACUCCACCACCUCCAGAAGAGCUGACCACCCCCUUCCUGAAGAGGACAAAUACGCCGUCUCUCCAAGAGGAAGCCAGUGUGGGUGUCAUCGCAGGUGUCAUCACAGUGGUUUUCAUCACACUCCUGACAGUCCUGGUAGUGAUCAUCAUAUACCUGUACAAGAAUAAAGGUAGCUACCAUACCUAUGAGCAACCAGAAGCAGAUGUGUCAGUACAGAUGGAGAACCUCCCUUCCAAAGGAGAAAAGGAGGAAUAUUUUAUAUAACCCAUUCAGUGGGGCUAACAGCUUCUACACCGGACUCGCGUUUGACGCUAAGUUGCCCAUGUUUCCUGGACUCUGGGAUCUAGAGACUUUUUUUUCCCUAAUUUAUUACACUUUUCCUUCUUGGAUUAAUUUAACAUGUGCACAAUGCUAACCUCAACCAUUGUUCCACUGCGUAGAAUGAUUGUUAAACUGAAGGCAAGGGUCUCCCACUUAGUAAGUGAUUUGGUUGGAAGCACUACAAUGUACAAGUGCUAGCUGUGAUGACCGUGCACUUCCUUGUACGGUUUGUAAUAUGGACUAAUAAACAUCUACGGCAGGGUUGGCAACUU